GUAGCCCGCGACUCGUUUACGCGUUGACCUCUCUACCGGUUGAUAUUACAAGCUGACCUUCUUCCUGUCCUGCAACACUGCCCCUGCGCGUGGACUCAAACAUUUGCUACCCCCGGAGCUUAUCGCGCGUGGCCCCUGCGUCGUAGCUCCGCCUGGAGACAUUUCGUAGGCUGCCGCUCCUCGUACCCUGGUCGCUGUGAGGCAAUCAAGCUCCCGAGCUUCACGCAUGCUGCCGCUCCGUUUCUUUCACCAGUUCAACCUUUUCCCAAGGGCUUUCUGGUCCCCCUUGGAGCUCCUGUUGCCUUAGAUAAGAGCCCCAUUCUCCCCUCGCUGACUCAUGGACAAUCAACAUGUAAUGGAUCCGCAUCCGCACAUCCUGCCACAGACCUCCCCGGCCGACCCUUCAGCUGAAGAGCGCCGCGAUUCCAUGGAAGACGCAGACGCCUCGCCCGGCCGAUUCAAGCGCCCGCGUCUGGACAGCGGUAGCCGAGAAUUGCAAAACAUGGCGGCAGAUCUGGACGAGAUUCACGCGGAAAGCCUGGCCCACGACCCCGUCACUUCCGCCGACGCGCCCGCUACUCCCUCCGACCAGAAGGAGCAAACCGACGACGACGUCACCCGCGCGCCGCAAACGCCCAGUCGCGUCACCAUAAACGUGCGCACCCCGCAGUCCCCUUCCCACAUCACCGCCUCCAACGGUGCUGCCGACGCGCCCGCCGCCCAUGAGCCUGAGCCUGAGCCUGAGCUGCAUGCUGCUGCGCACAACACCAACAUGAGCCCUCCGCAGCGCUCGUCUCCCUCGGCGCCGUCGCCCAAGACAACCUCCAAGACUUUCGCUGCCGACGCCUCCCGCAUAGACGCCGCUCCCUCCCCCGUCGACAGCCCGCCUAUAGUCGAAAUCGACGUCGACGACUCCGGUGACGCCGAAGACUCUGAUAAUAUCAUUGACAUAGAUGAUGAUGAGAAUGAGGUUCGCGAGAGCAUCUUCGACGAAUUCCCAUUCGCAAAGACCCACUCUCUAGACGUUGCUGCUGGAGGUCUUCUGAGCUUGAUAUCCAAGCCGAAAAACUGGCAUCAACUUACCGAAGGCAUCCUAAGCUCAAUUGCCCGAUGGAUGAACAAGUUGUCAAGCCUGGUGGACCAAAACAAACUUGACUUGUACACUGCUUACAUCAACGAGCCUGCUUUCUGGGAUAAAAUCAAUGAUAUAUUUCGCGCAUUGUUAAUGCGAGGCCGCUCGUACGAAGAUGCCGUGGACUUGGGUCCGGACCAACAAGAAGAAGACGCGCUAGUGGAUUUAUUCCAGGCUUACGCCAGGGUUGCUGCGCAAAUUUUUGCAGCCGACGUGGAAUACUUUGAGCGUAACCCCCAGCCGUCUACUAAGGUACAGCAUGUCAUGGCUCCGUGCCAUAUACUGGUACUUAGCGAACUGCUCGUGCGCAACCCGGAAGUCCCGUUCUGGAUAUUGAUAAGGGGAGUCCUGGCGGCAAAUCCCAUCGAAGUAUGUGCUUCGAUCAUGAGCGGCUUUUUCGCAUCACGCCAUGGCCUCUCAUCCCUAGUAGGAUUGAUUCGGCUAGGUGCUUCCAUGCCCAAUCAUGAACUUCGUUCAACUGCCGCCGAAUGUCUGCAACUUGUGCAGCUAACGACCGAAUUCGCCUUGGCCUGGAGUCGUAAGGCCUCAACCUCGGAGCGCCGUUUCUUUGUGCAGCAGCUGUUGAAGCUCUUUAGGGAGCUUGACCCAACGACACUGGCGACGUCGAAGGCGCCCUCUGAGCUUUGCACGAACCUCGUUCGGGUAGCGGCCGACUUACUGCAAUGUAUCACUGAAAUGGACAGAGAGCUGGCGGCACAACUCGCCACCGAAAUACUCGGCGAUGCCAAAGAUUUGUAUCCCACAGAUUGUUAUCCGGAGUUCGUCCGCGCGACCUGGCAACUAAGAGCUUUGAAGUUUUAUAUGACCAAAGGGCACAUGGCGCAACGCAUCUGCGGAGUCGAAGGCAUGAGCCAGCAACUGAUUGAAAUGUGGAGCAGAUGGUCGAAACAUGGUAACAUUGGAAUCAAUGCCCUCGCGGUCUUUGGCCAGACCUUGUUGGACGAGGGCAUCAUUGACUAUCUCAUCGGCGUCGACUCUCACGCACAGUUGGUCUCCCGCUGCGGCAACGUCGUUGGUUUCUUGACUGUUUCCAAUCGUUGGUCCGAUAAGCAAUCGGAUUCGAUUUGGGCUUCGAUCACUCAAAGUCAAGACCCUCGUAUGGUCGAGGCCCUUACUGAAUUGCUUAUCCACUGCAUUGCGCUCAUGGACAUAACUGACCUCCUCUACCUGUGCACUAAGCUGCGUACCUUACCUGUGGAUAAGUUCCAUCUCGGGAUUCAGGAAGUCUUUCACCGAAUUUGCAGUGCGUUACACAACAAAGCUCACAUCCAGGCCGUCGAAUGGAGACAGGUGGAGAACCGUAUGCACAUAUUCGAACUUUGUGUCCACCUGAUCCAAGAAAGCUUCCUCAUGGAUCCAUCAACUCCGGUCGUUGAAACUCUGCAUCAGCGAGCCUGUAAGGAACUUUCCAACUUAUCUAAGCCGGAGGUAGCGUGCGACGGCGAUCGGCAAAAAAUCUACGAGGCUUGCAUUCAAGAAAUCGAGAAGAUGACGGCCAAAGCUGCACCCAGUGCAAAGGUGAUAUACAUUAUCGCCAGAGCUUCCAUAGGGAAUGAGGCGGCUUACCUGGCAACCGACUUUGGCUUGACCGAAUCAGUUGCGAAAGAGCUGUGUUCCUUCAUAGAUACCGAAAGAACUAAGGACGCCGGCAACAACUCCAACGGAGCCUUGGGAUGGCGCUUGGAACUUUUGUUCUACCUUGUCAGCCAGUGCCCCGAAUCCAUACCCCCUGGCACGCAAGAAGUCGUGUGGGAUCACUUGGUGGGAUGCAAAUCAAUAGACGAUGACGCACGCAACAUCGCAUGGCAUUCGCUUUCUCAGAUGGUCCGGGUGCAAGCUACGCAUAACGCCUUCCUCGACCGCUGCGCAACAGAUCUGCUCCCCAAAGUGAAUCCGCAGUUCUACACAGCCGGGCUCUAUGAAUUCCUUUAUCAUUUGAUUCAAUGGCAGUUGCGGACCGUACAGUCGACUGGAAUAACGUUGGAGGGUAUUCUGGAGCCGCCUAGCGUUGAGCUGUUGUGGCAAGUCCUCCUUACGGCUCGACCAGGAACUAUUGAGGGAGCCACUGCUGAAUUCCUGGCUUUGCUCUACCUUGAUGGGCGUGCUUAUAAUCAACACCAUGCCACCUAUCCCAACUUGGCUGAAGACACCCACAAGGCCCUUGUAAAUCGCUGUAUUCGCCAGCUGGUCGAAGCUCAUGCCGCUUUGAGCGUUCCGGUUGAGCAAACAAUGCAAGACGAACAGAUGCAAGGCGUUUCUUCCGACGACGGAAAUGCCUUGUACACGCUACGCUUUCAGAGGACCUUCUUGUUCCUUGCUGUACUACUCAACACGGUGAAGAAGAAGCCAGAGUUUAGGGUUGCAUCGCCUCGUCUAGACAAGCCUACAACGCCGGCGGUUGUCCAAGAAACUGAAGGCGAACCAACAACAAUCAGAUUCCAGGCUUACUGGGGGCAGAGUAGUGACAUGCAAACCGUCACCGUUGGAGACCUGGUGACGGUGUCAUGGCUCAAGAACCGCCUUCGCGAGUGGACUGGCUUUACGCGUUUCAAAACCGUCUAUUGGGGCAAGAUGAUCAAACUCGAUGACAUGGCAAAUCAGACUCUUCGGGAAGCUGAAUUCACUCGGGGCCAUUUCCUAAUUAUCAAGGAACGGGACAAGGAUUCAGUGUCGUAUGACAGAGCGACUUCCGUCAUAGAGGCUGAAAUCCUUAAGAAUUUUGAUAUUCUGUAUGAUUUUAUGGAAAAGGACGAUCUGCCGAGCAAGGCUGCUUUUGAGUUCCUAGAGUCACUACCUCCUCACGGAAAAGCUCUCACCAUCACAUACGGCUUUAGUGAUGCGUCUGUCGAUGAUAUCGCUGCAUCUGCGUUCCCCCCCGGGAAUCCAUACAAAGCCAGGUAUUCUGUGCUUACUCUCGAUGCGGAUUUUCAGCAUCAUCUGAAACUGGUAAAAUGGCGCCAAGACCUGCAUGCAUCUUUGUCUGAGGAACUGGAGAUUGAUGAUAUACAGGGCCCCAUUGAUGACCAGUUGAUCCGCCACUCAGUGCAGUUGCUCAACGCUGCCAUUUGCGAUGAGACUAUCAUUGACCGUUCCCUUGCAACCGACCACGACUACCGCCUCGCCUCGAGGGCUAUUGAAUGCUUCGCAAAUUUGCUGAGAGAGCGAGUCGGAAAUGAGAUCUCCUCCUCGUACUUUACCAAUGAGACGCGUCUUGUUGACCGCUUGAUGGCUUUUUUGCGUGCUUCUCUGAGUCUCUCCAAAGCCACCAAGCUAGUAGGUGAUUGUUACACGGCUACUAUCGAAGCUUGCUUGCACAGUCGUGGUGUCUGGGAAGCGUUCAAGAGUCGGAAGGAUCUCGAGGAGCUACACUUGGAUCUGCUUCUCAGAAACAGGGAAGAUGUUCGUAUCGAAAUUGCGCAGUGCAUUGACUCAAACUGCGCACAACUUCCUGAGUCGUCGCGCGUCGACGUCGAUGACAUUGUGGUUUUCUACUGGCACAUCUUGUGGCGGUCACUUCCACAAGCCGUUACUUUUCCUAAGCAAUCAAAGUCACUCUUCGAGUUAUCGGCUGUAAUUUUCCGCCGGUAUGACGCGUUGCACCGGGACGAAGCUACACUAAGGGACUACAUAUCCUCGUGGAGCGAUCUAGUCCUUGAGUACAAGCAUGAAGUCGCCGUGGGCCGCAACAACCUGGACUUCGUCGUUCUUGGCUUCGCUCACCUUCUGCGUAAUGCCGUGCAAUCGCUGAAAUCGUUCAAGAAGCAGCUAAGCCUUGGGGAUUUGGCCGCAAAAUUCUUUGGGGUGUUUCUAUUCCCUACUGCUCCGAAAUGGCCUAUCGCGAAGCUGGAGAAGGAGGAAGUUCUACCAGUGCUCGACAUAAGGACACGCGAGGAACUGUAUACACUGAUAAUAGCACUUUGUGACGAGGAGUCCGUCUUCAAGCAAAUCAUCGGCCUCACGGAUUGCGUCCUCAAGAACUGCAACGUCGAGAGUGGCGAGGGCUAUCCUCUAGAUUCACCAAGGGACCUUCGUUCGGAAACUGGCUACGCUGGCUUGGAAAACCCCCAAGCCCUCUGCUACAUGAACUCCCUGAUGACUCAGCUCUUCAUGGACCUCAACUUUAGAAUGUUCAUCUUUCAAGCUGAAGGCUCCGAUGACGAUGGCCUCCUGAAAGCCAUGCAAGAGCUUUUCGCCAACAUGCAGAGUAGCUACAGCAGAUCUGUGGACAUGAGGCCAUUUGCACAAUACAUCCGCGGUACCGACAAGAAACCCAUCAACGUGGCCAUACAGAUGGACACGGAAGAGUUUUUCCGUCUGCUGAUGGACCAGCUAGAGUCUCAACUGGAGAAACCUCAAGACAAAGAAAGGCUAAAAGACUUCUACGGUGGUGUAUCUGUCAACCAAAUCAAGUCCAAGGAUUGCGAGCAUGUUUCUGAGACGGCAGAAACGCUGUUCAACAUCCCGCUUGAAGUCAAAGGCAAAGAAACUUUAGAGGACAGCCUGAAAGCCUACGUCGAAGGGGAAAGCCUGGAGGGCGAAAACAAGUACAAGUGCGAGUCAUGCGGCGGCAAGCUGGUAAAUGCCGUGAAGAGGACUUGCCUGAAGACUGUCCCGGACAACCUCAUCAUGCAUCUCAAGCGGUUCGACUUUGACCCGUAUACUUUGACUCGCGCCAAGAUCAACGAUUACUUCCAGUUCCCGCAACGGAUUAACAUGAGCCCUUACAAGGUCGAAUACCUGAGCGAUCCGAACAAACCGAUUGAAGAGGACUAUUUUGAGCUCGUUGGGAUUUUGGUCCACGCUGGCGGCGCAGAGCAAGGUCAUUAUUGGUCCUACGUUCGCGUUCGUCCCGAUAACGAGGAUGCACCUAGGUGGAUCAAGUUUAACGAUGACACUGUCACCGAACAAGACCUCAGCAAGGUUGACUCCGAAUGCUUUGGCGGAAAUGGUCGUCACACGUCUGCGUACAUGCUGCUCUAUCAGCGUGCAGCUUUGCUUGACAAGACACCUGGUAAUGUUCCUCGUGCACCACAGUCACUCAAUCCGAUUGCACAGCUGCCAAAGGAGCUCGAACAGCAGAUAGCCGAGGCGAACGAGCGUCAUAUCCGCGAACACUGCUUGUUUGACCGAAGUCAUUCGUUCUUCAUGCAGAGGAUGAUCCAGCAGAUGCGGACGCUAAACAAAGGCAUAUGCUCCGAAGACCAUGGCCUAGAAAAGGAAGUUGUCGAUAUGGCAAUGUCGCAUUUUUACCAAGUGACGGCCCGAGGCCAGGAUUACCAGGAAGUCGAGAGGAUUCUGAAUGAGCUUAAGAAAGUUACUUCAUCGUGCGCCAUAUGCACCAAGCUUGUUCUUGACUGGAUAUGUCAGCAUGAGACUGCGCUUGCAGACUGGCUCAUAUUCUCAUACUUACCGGACAGCAUCAACCAUGUCGGCCACGUUGUGCGGUUGUUCAUCAUCGAGGAGCUCUCUGUGCUGCGCAUACGGGAUCCCAUCAAGUACGGCAGUGACCCGCAGGAGCUUGAGCUCGAGUUGGCUAUGGAGCCCGCAAAAGAUGGUGUCCUCUAUUCCAUGCUCAGGAAACUGAGGUCGCUUUCCGAUCACCUUCACUACAUCCCUCGUGGUCUUGACUUGAAGCAACACCCAUGGGAUGAAUACUUCGGGCUCCUCACAGUUAUUGCCAACGCAGGCGCUUUCGAAGCAGCUAGUCUGUUAGACCAUGGCUUCUUGGUUAUGUGCCUUGAGUUGUGCAGCGCCGAAGACGACCCAGAAGCGGCAGAGAGCUUUCCGGGCCUCUCGCCAAUGCUCGGCAGGAAAUGGGGCCCAUGCUACAACGAACUUAUCCAAUUCCUAUCUAGAAUGCUCAUCAAGAUGGACCUUGAGGCUGAGCCCUGCGCCGACUUUAAUGAACGUCUCCGGACCUACAGCGAUUCCGAGAAGCAGCUGUUUCCCCUUUCUCCAGAGGAACACAGCCUUCUAUUCCGAUGGCACAAAAGCAACCACUACCUGAUUGUCUUGAACAAGUGCUUGGAAGGAUGGGACAUGAGCCGCACAAACUACUUUCCUGCGGAUCUCCUCAAGCAUAUGAUCGACUCGGAUCUAGACAGCAUCUGCCUGACACACAUAUUCCGAACCAUUGAGUCAGGUCUCGAUAUCAUGUCUCCAGAGCUAGGACCUACCUGCUUGUUGGCCGCUGCAUGGUUCUGCGCCUACACGUCCGACCCGAGGUUUGCGCAGGCGAUGGUUACAACGGUGAACAAAGCUUUCCAGCAAGGCGUGGGCGCCUACGCGCUCGACUUCCUGAAGUUUUACAACAACCUCACCACUUUUGUCAACGACAAACUUCCGGAUGAGUUCCACGACUUUUUCUACUGCUCGGCGCUAGAGUUUGCGCCGCACUGGGCCGUGACGUUGCUUUCAAUUGAGGACCCCGAAGUGCAGCAGGCUACUCUCGUCUAUGUGCGGAAUAUGUUGACACAGCAAGAACCCGGUGGGCCAUAUAGGGACGAGCGAUUUGCAUCCCUCAAGAUCCUUAAUUGCCGGGUCACCGCUGUGCGCAGAAUCGCCAAGGCCGCUUCCGAGAGAAUGGUCAUAAUUCAUGAGAAGGGAGAUGUGGCCAAAAGCCUCAUAGAACCGCUCUAUUCUUUGAUUUUCGAAAGCUCCAAAUUCUUAACGACGGUUUUGGCGACGAGGGACCUUGAAGAUGACGAUGCAGAUGAGAUUGAAAAUGCCGUCAGGCAGUGCAGAUUAACGGACGAGUAUUUCAGGACCUGGCCCGAAUCAGAUUACGACUCGACUUUCUCGGCCGAAGAAGAAAUCGAAUAUGCCGAUGAUGUCGUCGGCAUCUGAACAACUCUCUGGAUUGCUGAUAACCUGCGAUUCGCCAAAGAAGCAAACCCUCACUCGCAAACCUAUGUUUCUUGCUGCUUGGAGCCCAACUUUCAAACAUGAAAGAUCGACAUGAAGGCAGCACGAAUAGCUGGAUGGGAUUUGGAGCGGCUGUAAUCAAAUGCCGUCGACCAUUCCGCACUCCCACAUCCUCACUCGUCAGACAAUGAUGAU